AUGGAGCAGAGGAUCGCGAGGCUGGAGGGCGCCGACGGACCCGCGCAGGACGCGGGGCCGCUGCAGAGCGGGAGCCGGCCGGCCGCCUCCGCCGACGGCGGGCCGGCGGUCCAGGCCACGGAUGCGGAAGCGCUGGCCGGCUGCCCGACCGCGGCAGGGGAGAAGGAGCUGGCCAAGGGCCGGGAGGCGCCAGCUGAUCGGGCGGCCGCAGCGGCAUCGGAGGAGGACCGGUCGGCCCCCGCGGAAGCCGAGAGCCUGGAGGCCACGGCGGAGCCGCAUGGCGAGGAGGAGGCGGAGGAGGAAGCGGGCCUGGGCCUGGGCGCUGGGCUCCGAGGCGGCGAGGGUGGGCCCGUGGGCCAGAACGCCCUGUUCCAGCGGCUCGUCCGCGCCGCGCUCUGGCCAGCCCCGCGCCGCUGCAGCGGUGGCGACCCCGACCGGCACGCGCUGCGGCAGCACCUCGUGCAGGGCGCCCUGCGCGGCGCGGAGCACGCCAUGGACCACCUCGGGGGCGCUGCCACGCUCGGCCCAGGGCCGGCCUUGCACGCAGCCGAGGAGCCCGCGGCCGCCGCGGGCUGCUGCGCCGAGGAGGCCGCCGCGGGCUGCUGCGCCGAGCGGGAGCGGCGCCUCGCGCGCCUCGAGGCGGUGGCCGACGGCCCGGCGCGCCGCGCCCCGCGGCCUGCCGAGCGCCCAGCGGGGGUAGGCACGCUCGCCGCCGAGGGGGACCUUCUGGAUGGUGCGGUGCUCUGCGUGCGAGGUGCCGCCGAGCCGUGA